UCUCUUUGCCAUGUGGAGCGCGAUAAGGCAGAUUGCCGGUAUUUCGUGUGCUUACUUACGUAGGAAAGAAACUCGAGUUUUUAAUAAUUGUAUUGUAUAAGUUAGUCAUUUUAUUUUAUUGCGUUCGAAACCAGAAAUCUAUGAAUUAUGGAUUUGAUCAGUAUCUUGGAAAAGACUGUAUCUCCAGAUAAAACUGAAUUGGAGGCAGCACAAGUUUAUUUGGAACAAGCUGCUGCAAAUAAUCUGCCUGAAUUUUUAAAAUCUUUAUCUAAUGUUCUCCAAAAUGCAAGCAAUACUCCUGUGGCUCGUAUGGCUGCUGGCCUGCAGCUCAAGAAUGCACUCACUUCAAAAGAUCUUGAAAUUCGCCUCAAAUAUCAAGAAAGAUGGCUGCAGUUUCCGGCAGAAAUUCGGAAUUAUGUGAAACAAAAUGUUUUGUCUGCUUUGGGUACGGAAACAAUUAGACCUAGUUCUGCAGCCCAAUGUGUUGCUUACAUUGCUGUGGCUGAGUUGCCAAGAGGAGAAUGGCCAGAAUUAAUACAAAUGCUUACUCAAAAUGUAACAAAUGCAAACAGUACUGAAAUGACCAAGGAGGCAACGUUGGAAGCUAUUGGUUAUAUUUGUCAAGACAUUAAUCUUGUUUUGUUUCAGGAACCAGAAGUGUUAGUUACUCAGUCAAAUGAUAUACUGACUGCUAUUGUCCAUGGUAUUCGAAAGGAUGAGCCUAGUGAUCAUGUUAAACUGGCGGCUACAAAUGCCCUGUUGAAUUCUCUGGAGUUUACAAAAGCAAAUUUUGAGAAAGAAUCUGAAAGACAUUUUAUAAUGCAAGUAGUCUGCGAAGCAACCCAAUCUUCUGAUACUAAGGUUCGAGUUGCUGCCUUACAAUGCUUAGUUAAGAUAAUGUCUUUAUAUUAUCAGUACAUGGAAGCAUACAUGGGGCCAGCCUUGUUUGCUAUCACAAUGGAAGCUAUGAAAAGUGAUAUUGAUGAGGUAGCCCUUCAGGGUAUUGAGUUUUGGUCUAAUGUCUGUGAUGAAGAGGUGGAUCUAGACAUUGAAGCUACAGAGGCUGCUGAGCAAGGAAGACCGCCUGCAAGGACAUCACGGUUUUAUGCUAAAGGUGCUCUUCAGUAUCUGGUACCAAUUCUGAUGCAAACAUUGACAAAACAGGAUGAGCAUGAUGAUGAAGAUGACUGGGUACCUUCCAAAGCAGCAGGAGUUUGCUUGAUGCUUAUGGCUGCUUGUUGUGAGGAUGAUAUUGUUAUACAUGUCCUUCCUUUUGUAAAAAACAAUAUCAAGAAUCCAGAUUGGCGAUACAGGGAUGCUGCUGUUAUGGCAUUUGGUAGUAUUUUAGAAGGUCCCGAUCCAGCUAAUUUGAAACCUGUAGUGGAACAAGCAAUGCCAAUGUUUAUUGAAUUAAUGUCGGAUGAAAGUGUUGUUGUUCGUGAUACUGUUGCAUGGACAAUAGGAAGAGUAUGUGAACUGAAUCCCGAAGCGGCUGUUAAUGAAGCCUAUUUGAAACCACUUUUGGAGGCCUUGGUUAAAGGCCUAAGUGCAGAGCCUAGAGUAGCCUCUAAUGUGUGUUGGGCUUUUAGUAGCCUUGCAGAAGCUGCAUUUGAAGCUGCUGAAGUAUCAGAAGAGAAUCAAGAGCCUAAUACAUAUUGCCUCUCUGGAUAUUUUGAAAUUAUUGUUGCUAAACUGCUGGAAACAACAGAAAGACCUGAUGGAAAUCAAGCUAAUUUAAGAAAUGCUGCCUAUGAAGCCCUUAUGGAGUUGGUUAAAAACAGUCCAAAAGAUUGCUAUGUUUGGGUACAGAAAACCACAAUGAUAAUCUUGGAGAGGCUUAAUCAUGUGCUUGCUUUGGAAGGUCAUAUACAGAACACAUCAGAUAGAGCCCAAUACAAUGAUCUACAGUCUCUAUUAUGUGCAACUUUACAGAGUGUACUGAGAAAGAUGACUCCUGAAGAUGCUCCUAAAAUCUCAGAUGCCAUAAUGUCAGCUUUACUUCAAAUGUUCAGUUCUUCUAGUUGUAAAUCUGGUGGUGUACAAGAAGAUGCAUUGAUGGCAGUUUCUAUGCUCGUGGAAGUUUUAGGGGAACAAUUCUUGAAAUACAUGGAUGCCUUUAUGCCUUACCUUGCUUUGGGAUUGAAAAAUCAUGCAGAAUAUCAGGUUUGCAGUGCUGCAGUUGGUCUGACUGGUGAUAUCUGCCGUGCUUUGUCUAUAAAAGUUUUACCUUAUUGUGAUGAUAUUAUGACAUUAUUAAUGGAAAAUUUAUCUAAUGCAGCAGUCCAUAGAUCUGUCAAACCUCAAAUUUUAUCAGUGUUCGGAGACUUAGCACUUUCGAUAGGUCCACAUUUUAGGAAAUAUUUAGAUAUUGUUAUACAAACUUUAUUGCAAGCAUCUCAAACACAGGCUGAAAAGAAUGAUUAUGACAUGAUUGAUUAUGUCAAUGAGCUUCGCGAAGGGUGCCUUGAAGCUUACACUGGAAUUAUUCAAGGACUUAAAGGCGACCAAAAUACACCUAGUUCUGAAGUAAACGUAGUCCAGCCCCAUGUACCUUAUAUAAUUCAAUUUAUUACACACAUUGCACAAGAUCCUGAUCAUUCUGAUGGCUGUUUAGCUGCUAGUGCAGGUGUUAUUGGUGAUCUGUGUUCAGCUUUUGGCCAUAGCAUGAUCAGCCUUGUAGAUAACGAUAUUAUUAAUGAACUUCUAACUAAAGGUAGACGUUCUAAAACUGUAAAAACUAAAACUUUAGCAACAUGGGCUACUAAAGAAAUAAGAAAAUUGAAGAAUGCAGCUUCAUGAUUUUGUUCAUGGAUGGCAGUGCAUGUGCCUCUUCUGGCUGUGCUCUGUCCCAUGCAAAUUUUCUGUAUGCAGGAGAGCAUUAACAAAAGAAGCCAAGCGCAUUAUAGUGUUUGACAGAGAGAGAGAACGCGUGAAAGUGUGCAUGUGUGCCCCAUCUUUCACACCAGUAUGAUUCGUCAGUCUCUUUCCGUAACUUCCAAGCCUGCCAAGCUUCUUCAUCCAUACAUAGCCAGCAGCCAUUCAAGCAGCAAUACAUCGAGGAUCCGAUGAUGUCUAUGUACACCAGUCUGCGACAGGGGUUCUCGUUUCAACCCACCGCAAAGUCGGUUUUGUUCAAGGAUAAAUUAUUUAACAAAAAUAAAAACAAACUUUUAUCCUGAAAAGUUGUACUCUUUUGGGAAGUGCCUUUUCAAUCGAGGUGCAUUUGACUUGUUAGUCUGUUGCCUCGUUUUUUUUGUCAGUCGCCGGCCGAUGUUUUUCCGAGCACAUUUUCCUCGUUGCUCAUUCAGUGUGCUGAUUGAAUAGGAGUCUGCUGUUAAAGAACAAGGGUAACUUAAAGAUAAAGUAUUUUAUAAAAAUCAUUAAAUUUUAAUGUACACACUUUGUUAAAUGAACAUUUUCUCAUGUAUUGUAUCCAAGAUUUAUUUUUUGGCAGCUUUGUUUUUCUUGGAGUUACUUGUUCCUGUUUUAACUGUUUUAUAAAUAUGUGAAUAUUGUUUAUUGGGAACUGCACAUUACAGCUUUUAAAAAAAGCCAGUGCAUGUUUCAUUUUUUUUCAAAAAUAACAAACCUAUGCCUUAUGUAAAAUAUAUGGUUACCCUUGUUUUUAAGCAAUUGCUGGGAUCAUAUAUUUGUUGUGAAUAAUUUUCUGUACAAAAACUGUAAUUUUUAAUAUUAUAUUUAGGAAUCAUUUUGUCUUGAUAUACACUAUUUCAUUGUUACAUAUGUUGGGACAGCCAAAAUUAUCAUAGUCAUUUGUUCCCAAUAUUUUAUUUCUGUGAUGUAUUGGUAAACAAUCUCAUUCUGUCGACAUCUGAGUUGGUGUGAAUAUUAAUUUUCUGAAACUAUGUUUUGUAAAAAAAUUUGUUUAUAUUUUUUUAGACUUUUUUUUUUCUCCCUCAAGCAAAUCUAAUCAUUCAUGUGUGAGUGGUGUGUAUGUAAAAAUGUUUGUUUUUCUUUUCCAUUUCCUUAUUCCAUAUUCUAAAUAUGACCAAUAAAAUUAGCUCAACCAAAAA